CAUGCUCGACUCCGUUCGGACAAGCGUCGUCGGAACUCGGCUGUGGACUAUAUCAGCGGCCCAACCUGCAGCACACCGGGAUGCCCGAGAGGCAGCAGCAUCAUCAUCGGCCGAUACUCGCAUCGGUGAACAUCGUCAUCGGUUUGGCCCUAGUCCACGCCCAUACCAAGAUCUGAACACUCAUCAAACAUCAGCAUGGCUGCCAAACGGUCCGAGAUGCCAUGGAGGCAGUUUCUAUCCAACAUUUUGGUGGGACUGGCAAUGCUGCUACUGGGCUUAUGUCUUCUUGGAGGACUCAAUGUGACAUUUUUCAAAGAUAUCUCCUGGGCUUCGAGCGACAAGUACUACACCGCCCUUUGGGGGUUCUGCCCCACGGCGGCAGUCAAUGCUUCAUACUCGAUCUCGGAAUGCACUUCGUUCUUGGGAGCUCCCGUGAACCCAAUUCCUUUCGAUAUUCGCCAGCUGGAUAUCGGCAAGACCGUCGUCGAGUGGGUGCUUCACGUCCUUGCAUUCAUCGUGGCCUUGGUCUCGCUUAUCCUGGCCGUGACCGACAGCAUCUCCAUGGCAUCAUGGUAUGCGGCCAGUGCGUCCGUCAUCAACCUGAUCGGAACCAUCGUGGCCGGCAUCGAUGUCAUUUCUGUGAUACAGAACAUCAAUGCCAACCAUGCCUGGGGCGAUAGCAAUGCCAAUAUCGGCGCGGGGAUCUUCUUCAGCAUCCUAGCCUUUAUGACGCUGGCUGCCUCGGCAGCAGUGUACCGAAUGGAGCAGAUGCGCAUCGAGAAGACCGAUGUCGAGAAAAAGCUCAAGAAAGUCGAGGAGCAGCUCGCCAAGGCCACCAACCCGACUGCCGUGCGAGUUGUCCGGCUGUGAGCCAAAUGAAAUACAGCACCCACUCACUUCCCUUGGUCUGAGUGCCGAGGGCAGCCGUCCUGAUAAUACAGCAGUUUCCAAUCGCAGCAGCCGUCUCGGCUCAAACUGGGCAUCGGGGAAUACUCUCAUGGACCCGGACUACCGAUACAAUACACAUCCCAUCACACACCACAUAUA